AUGGAGGUAGCAAACAUGUAUAAUCUGAUUUCUAUGUAUAUUAUAUAUAUGUGUGUGUUUGGUAAAAUAACAAUAUCAAUUCAAAUUGAAUCGAAAUCAUCGGAAGAUAAUUACACACCCACGCUAGAAAAGAACAACAUACCGAACGAAAUUGCAAAAAUAUUUACACUUACAGACCGUAAUUCAGCAAAUGUGUGUUUCCUAAGAAACACAUACCUGGAGCAGGAGGAUGUUCCGAAGGAGUGUACAUGUACAUUUGCAAGAUUACAAAGAAUAGAGCUGGAGUGUGCAAACGAACAGGUUACAAACCGGAAGAAUUGUGACCAGAACGUGUGUGAGACCUGUUGUAUUUUGAGCCUAUCCUCUAAGUUCAAAAAGGACUUUUCGAAGUCAGGAGCGCCAGUUAACUGUAAGAUGAGGUGUUUUAACUCCCCGACGGUGACAGAUAUUACGCAGGACUCAAUGCAGAUUCUGAACGACUACCUGCUAAGGAUUGACUCGCUAUACAAUAUACAACACCCUAAGGUCCAUAUCGAGGAUAGUAAGUUUGAACUAAUUAACAACGCUGCAGAAAAGGAAGUCCCAACGCAAUAUCAGAUAUUACCACUAAAUAAGAAGGACGAUUCGCUAUGA